CCGACUUUUCGGCGUUUUUGUUUUUAUUACUCUCAAUGUAGUGUAAAACAUAAAUAAAGCAAGCUGCUUCGGCUGUGGCAGCUUCUGCCUGGCCGCGUGUUUAUUGUGGUCCAGAAGGAAAACCGUGGAAAGUGGAUGAGUGUGUUCCACAGCUACAGCGUUCGAUGAUGCCGUUGCGUGCUCGGGAAAUGAUGUUACUGUUUUUCCGCGUCUGUUAAACAAAUAGACCGACUGAGCGAGAUCGCAAGGAUCUCCGGAUGAUCGUUUUCCACCAGUUAGUCACUAAUUGGUUGUCGCGCGGUUCGGAAGACGGAGAAUCGGUUUCGAGAUUUUGGUAUUUUACGCAAGCGCGUGUGACUUGGUGGAGGACAAUGUUGCCUUACAGUUCGUAUGCCGCCGCGUUGGAUCAGAUACACAGUAUUAAUCAGGAAUUAUCGUUGUUCGCGCAAAAUGGAAGAUAUUUUCCUAUGGAAGCAAGUGCUGCGAGUGUCGGAUUUGCAGGUUCGGCAUACUUUGGAUUAAACCAGUGGUCGUUGCCGUUUUCGUUUCUGAAAGCGGCCCAUCGGCCGGAAAAGCCACCCUUUUCCUACAUUGCAUUGAUUGCGAUGGCAAUCAGCAGUGCUCCGAAUCAACGAUUGACGCUCAGUGGGAUCUACAAGUAUAUCAUGGAUAAUUUCCCGUACUACCGCGAGAACAAACAAGGCUGGCAGAACUCCAUCCGGCACAACCUAUCGUUGAACGAUUGCUUCAUAAAGGUACCACGCGACAAAUCGUCAUCGUCGUCGCCCUCCCCGGGCAAAUCAACCGGCGAUGGGAUAGAUUCCAACGAUUGCAACAGCACCAGCAGCAGCGGUGGAUUCGGUUGUGGCGGGAAAGGCAGCUACUGGAUGCUCGACCCGUCGGCAAACGAUAUGUUCGAGCAGGGCAAUUACCGCCGGCGGAGAACGCGCCGCCAGCGGAACGCGAAAAUGAUCCUGAACGGCCACUUCCAGGCAUCACCGUUCGCGAUGGCGUUCCCUUCGUCAUCCACCGUGGCCGCGGCGGAAUUCAUUAAAACAACAGCAUCCCCGAACGAUUUCCAUCAUCUGAUAGGCGGCCACAAUUUGGAGGCAGUCGCACCGAACUGCUACCCCGCGGCAACGGCAACGGCGCUCAUCGGUGGAAACGUUGGUCAUUCGAUGCUGCCGCUGCCGCCGAGCUCUUCAUCAUUACCUGGUGCGCUACUGCCGAUUGCCGCCUCACCGUGUCCUUCGUCGAACUCGACUUGCUCUUCGCCAACGCAGAAUUACCUUCAUCACCACCAGCAGCACUAUCAGUUGCAGCAUCACGAGCAACAAUCAGCUUCAGGUGGUCCAAUUUCGACAAAUGAAGACAUAAAACGAGAUUUUGAUGAAGCAACCGAUAGCGGUAGUUUAACGAGCUCCCCUGCGGUCGUCCUGCUGGACUACGGCGAAUCCUUAGCCGCCGUGAACGUUGCAACCUUCGCUGCCACCGCGGCGAAGUCGUCUGAUAAUUAUUUAGAUAAUUUUCAAUCGAAUUUUCCCUCGUUGGAUGCAUUCCUGAGCGAGCUAGGCGAGUUGAAGGUGAAAAGCUGUAUGACGCCGACUUCCAGCGCAACGGGAGACCAUUUAGCCGACGACGACGACGACGUCGAGGACCGCCGGCAGCUCAACCACUUUGACUACAGAGCAAACCGACCGGAAGGGAAUGAUGAGCGGAGCAUUGUAAACAGCUCACCGCAAAUGGAACCACAACAAAAACAGACACCGGUAGAAGUUGGCAGUACUUCCGGAACUGCCGUUGCCAGCAGGGGGUCGGUUUGUGCUGCUGCCAGCAGUGGCUACCGAGCGAGAAAGACGAGUAGUGGUUUAAAGUCGAGUAAUUUCACCAUUGAAAGUAUUAUGCGAAAGCAGUGAGUGAGUGGGGAGCAUUGCACCGCAGGGGCCACGUUUGUUGGUGUGCAUUGGAGCGUUUUCAGUCAGGUGCCAUAACAAAUUUUCCUGGGUAGGCUAAGCGAAAAUAGUAAACUAGUCAGAGCUUUGUAUUUA